CAUUUUCUAACCGAAAACAAGCCACCGUAGUCUACACGUAAAGCAAGCGUCUGUUUGAAUCGCGGGAUCCAAACAAUUGCGAGAAGAAGGAGGGAAGCCGGGGUCUAAAGUUGGAAUAACAAGUUUAUCCAAGUACAUCCGACCCAAAAACUCGUCAAAAUGACGAUCAGUAAAAACAACAAAAUGGUUCAGCAUUUGAACUAUCGAGUGAGAGUGACUCUGCAAGAUUCGAGAACCUUUAUCGGGACAUUUAAAGCUUUUGACAAACACAUGAAUCUGAUUCUUGGAGACUGUGAAGAAUUCCGUAAAAUUAAAGCCAAACUCAACAAGUCAGGUGUUGGUGCCACAGAAAGAGAAGAGAAGAGAGUGCUUGGUCUCGUUUUGCUCAGAGGAGAGAAUAUUGUGUCAAUGACAGUCGAGGGUCCUCCUCCAACAGAAGAGAGUAUGCCCAGAGUGCCUAUGCCAGGUGUCAUUCCAGGACCUGGUGUUGGCAGAGCUGCUGGACGAGGUGUACCUGUCAAUGCACCUAUGGGUGCCCCUGCUGGACUUCAAGGUCCAGUAAGAGGGGUGGGUGGACCUGCACCUCAAAUGAUGGUUCCUGGUGGCAGAGGGGCUGGUGGGCCAGCAGUAUCAGCACCACCACAAAUGAGACCUCAGGUUCCUGCUCCUCCGAUGGGUGCUCGUCCUGGCAUGCCUCCAAUGGGGAUGGCUCCUCCACCUGGCAUGAUGGGCGGACCACCUCCAGGUAUGAUGGGAAUGCCACCGGGAAUGAUGGGCCGUGGUGCUCCUCCCGGCGCUCCACCAGGAAUGCGUCCUCCUCCCCCUGGCAUGAUGAGAGGAGGUCCACCUGGAAGGCCUUUCUAAAUGAUUUGACCACUUUUGUCGUACGUGGUAUUUUGUGUAACUCCGAUAAAUACAAGACCCUCGAAAAUAAGGAGGUAAUGAUUU